AUGGCAAGCGCACAAUCCACAGUUGAUUCAUUGAAGGAAUUGAAUUCUAGAUUUAUAGCCGAAAUCGAUAAACUUAGAGAAGAGAAUACUGAUAUCAGAUCUGAAAAUAUAAAACUAAAACAAGAUAAAGAAGAAGUUGAAGCCAAAUUCACGAAUCUAGAGCAGAGAGAUAAAGAAAAGACCAACCUUAUUGCUAAACUGGAACAGAGCGAUAAAGAAAAAACUAGCCUUAUUGUUAAAUUGGAACGCGAUGCUCCAAUUACUGUUUCCCCUGAAAUAAGUUCUAACCAUAUUCCUAAACAAAUGAUCUUGCGAAAUGAAGACGCACCGGCAUCUGAUGUAUCAGAUAAUGCAUCGAAAUCUGAUUUACAUCAGCCUAUUUGCAUAGAGUCCAAAUCAUCAGAAGGUAAAGAUAUUGAUGAAUUCUUGAAUUCUGUGAAUAAAAAAGGGAUUAGGAACGAAAUAAGAGAGAGAAAAAGAAAAGUUGCUCUCAACUCCUGA